UGUGACUGGCCAGACUAGUUGCAAAGCAGUUGGAGGAGAGUCGCGUUGCGUCCGGAUCGGAAAUUGAAUUAUUUUUUUCCCUUUGCUUCGACCCAGAUAUUUUAUACCCGUUUAGAAGAGCCAGUUUAGACCCUUGCAACUAUUCUCCGGACUGUUCCCGGCUCUGUGUGGAGUGAGUUGUCCGCCGGUUCGGCUUUCUGCCCUGCAUUGUUUGGGAGCUGCUCGCCGGUGCAGCGUUAGGUUAGCUAGUCUGCUAACUUCCAGGGUGCGAGUGAAACUGGGGGCAUUUUUCCCCCAAAAAAGCACCGCAGCUCUUAUUGACCUCCUCCUCCGCCGUCAGGAGUGCCCACUCUUACUUAACCCGUCGAUAUUUUGUCGUAAAUUUUAUCUGGAUUCCAGAAAAACCACAAAAAUGGCCGCAACAGCGUACGAAAUGGACGGAAGUGUGAUGGAAGGGGGGGGGCAGAUCCUGAGGGUGUCCGCUGCGCUCAGCUGCAUCCAAGGCGCUUCUAUCAAAAUCAGCAAAAUCCGAGCAGGCAGAAGCACACCAGGGCUGAGGCCUCAGCAUCUGUCAGGGUUGCAGUUGAUCAGGGACAUGUGUGAUGGCAAUCUGGAGGGAGCUACGGUGGGCUCUUCAGAGAUCACGUUGACUCCUGGGAAAAUAAAAUGCGGGAAUUACAUUGCGGACACCCAGACCGCAGGGAGUGUUGGGCUUCUGCUUCAGGUCUCGCUUCCCUGUGCUUUGUUUGCUGAGGGCUCAUCAGAGCUCUGCUUGAAAGGAGGCACCAAUGCAGAGAUGGCACCACAGAUUGAUUACACAAUCAAGGUUUUCAAACCCAUCGCAGAGAAAUUUGGUGUGCAUUUUGACUGUGAUGUGAGAAUGAGAGGUUAUUACCCAAAGGGUGGUGGAGAAGUGGUUGCAAAGGUAAACCCAGUGAAAGAGCUGAGUCCCAUCAACAUGACUGAGAGAGGCAACAUCACUAAAAUCUAUGGCCGGGCCUUCGUGGCUGGCGUGCUGCCUUUCAAGCUGGCGAAGGACAUGUCCACUGCAGCAGUGCGCACUAUCCGAAAGGAGAUUAAGGACCUUUACAUCAAUAUUCAGUCUCUGCAAGAGAAGGACAAGGCCUGUGGCAAUGGCAACGGCAUUAUAAUCAUCGCAGAGUCCUCUACUGGCUGUAUAUUUGCUGGCUCAUCUCUUGGCAAGAAGGGCGUAUAUGCAGAUAAAGUGGGUAUUGAGGCUGCUGAGAUGCUCCUGAGGAACAUCCGUCACAACGGCUGUGUGGACGAGUUCUUGCAAGACCAGCUGAUUAUUUUCAUGGCCUUGGCUAAGGGCACAUCUCGAAUGCGCACCGGCCCAAUCACUCUACACACACAGACUGCCAUCCAUGUUGCUGAGCAGCUCACUAAGGCCAAGUUUGUUAUACACAAAGCAGACGAUGAGCAAGCCAAUAACGACACCUACAUCAUCGAGUGCCAGGGUGUUGGUGCCACUAACUCUAACCUGUAAGUGCUGGGGGGAGGUCGUCCUUGGCCCAUCUCCAGCCAAGGUAAGGGGAGUUCCCGACGGAGGCAACUGGAGGUUCGUGUAGCAGAAACACACUACUGUAGCUGACUGGAUGGCCUGAGGACAACUUGACGUUCUCUUCACAUUUCCGCACGGAAUGAACGAUUGAUUUAUUGGUCUUUGAACUGACCCUGGGUCGGUCCGCUUUCUCCACGCUUUUUUCCCUUUUUAAUAUCUUCUCAUUUAUCAAAUGACUUUUGUUACUCAGGGUAUUGCCUUACACUGUAACGAAGCGUUGUCUUUGGAGCUUUUGCAUUUGAAAUAGUUUGUUAGACUCUUUUGCGGUAUUUGACCAGCCAGUUUAACCUUGAUCCUCUUAUUGCCUGAUAGCUCUGAGAGUUUGUCCCGUUUGCUGUCACCUGUCAACACAAGCCUUAAAGAAACGUUUCACAAAAUCCCUCUGUUACCACAAUCAGAACAAGUUUACAGCUAGUAUCCUAAUCAUUUGCAUGGAAUUAGUAAUAUUCAUGUAUGUCACUGUUAAAUAUAGUGCACUAUGUGUACAUGGAGGGGGGGAAAGUUCUCUUGUCCCUGAACAAAAGUGUGAGUCCAUGUAGCUGCUUUGUUUUUUUGUAAAUUAUUUAAGUUGUAUUGAAUGAAUGGCAUCAUGCUUUGUUAUUCCAUGUUUUGUUUUGUUUGUUUAUUUGAGCUGUUACGAGGUGGUGGGAGUCGUGCAUCCGAAACUUGUGUUUUGAAAUCCCUUAAAAAUAACGGUCCCACAUGCAGGUUUAAUUUACUACUUGUUAUUUAUGAGAAGGGAUUGCAGGUAGUGAUUAUGGUAAGCCUGGGAUUUUUGUAUGUUUUUUUUUUUCUUUCUUUUUUGCUUUACUGUAGGUGACAAUGGCCUCUUUUGUUUAUUUGCUUUAAGAUAUUUUUGGAAGAAAACAAAUCACAAUAAAAGUGCUAAGAAGAAGGUGUGCUGAUA